AUGAGCUUCCUAGGCGAUAUCGUCAAUUCAAUUGGCAGUGGGAAAGCACCGACCCCUCCAAAACCACUCGCCCGGCCGACAGGCGCAAAUCCACAGCGUCAGACGCCAGACGUUAGUAGACCUGGCAUACGCCCAGGCUUUCCGGCUAUACCCUCGCCACUGAACGGCACGAAACGAAAAGCCGACGACGAUUCAGUAAAAGUACCUGAAAAGCACACCAGACCAAAUCCUAGCCCUGGUUUAACUGGCACCGUGAACAGACGCACCACUGCACCUCCGCUCAAUGCCCCAAAACCUUUAGCUGACAAGGUUGCCCCUGCCCCCAAGCCGAAGAUUGAUACCAUCAUUACUAUGUCUAAAGCUGGCACGACUCCUCCAGUGACACCGACGACUUUAAAUGCAAAGCUGCCUGCGAAAGGAUCAUACGCAGAUAUAAUGGCACGUGCGAAGCAGGCACAGGAGGCGAAAUCUCAAAAUCAAGUGGGAAUGAUCAAGCACCAAGCCACAAAUCGAGAGAAAACUUCCAAGUUGGCCGAGAGGAAGAAGCAAGAAGAAGAGAAAGCAAGAGCGGCAAAGGAGAAACCCACUAUUCGGUCAGCAAAAUCCGCCAGAACAGAAAAAGGACGCAGUGUCAGCCCUGCCAAGAAGUCAGAUCAACCGCGGGCUCCAAAAGUAGCUCGACCACCUUUACAUGCACCAUCCACAGGAUACAAAGGUACAAUGGGGAAGUCUGCAUCAAAACCGCGACUCCCGCCUGGUCUCAAGAAGAACCGAUAUGACGAGUAUCUAGGCACUGACGAAGAAGAAGAUUCCGAAGCCGAAUCUGAGGACGAGGGAGAUUAUGACUCAGAGGCCUCGUCUGAUAUGGAAGCAGGAGCUUUUGACAUCGACGAAGAGGAACGUUUCGCGACGAGAGCAGCUAAAGUGGACGAUGCCCGAGAGCAAGCAGAGGAGCAAAGACUCAAACGCGAAAAGGAGGAGCGACGUCGGAGGCUUAUGAGUCUUGCAGGCAAACGCAAAUAG